UCAGCCUUUUUUUAGCUUAAUAAUAUUGCCUCGCUAGGUAACCAUUUCUCAAUCAAUCCUUGAAAAUAUCUUCCUAACCAUUCCACUAACAUAAUCAUAAUGUGCGAAACGAAGAACUUCUAUCUUUGGCUUCUCCAAAUUAUUGGCCUUUUGGGCCUUCUUGCCCUCUGUUUAUGGCUGGCUUUACGUCCUCAGGAUCCAACCGUCACCGUUAUCGAUCUCUCGGUUCCACCCAUAGAUAAUAGCUCUUCACCAGCCGCUGUUGGGAAUCAAAAUGGUUCCCUCACUUAUAACCUUGAAAUUAAAAAUCCAAACAAAGACUCUGUUAUCUUGUUUGACGAUAUUUUUUUGACAUUUCUCUAUGGCCAGGAUAAAGCUGCAACAGAUAGAAUUUCUUCUUUCAAAUCAGGUAAGGGUAGCACUAUAUACAGAGUUAAUCAUUUGGCUAUUGACGGGCGUGUUUGGAAAGCUAUUCGCAAGGCACUAUCAAAUGAGAUAUCUGAACUAAAAGUGAGGUUUGCAACUGGAAUUCGGUUUAGGACUAUAGGCAUUAAGAGUAAGCAUCAUAGGAGUCACAUUCUGGAAGGUAAAGUGAUGCUUGGUAAGAAUGGGAAGAUCUCAGGUAAGAAGAAGAAGAUUAAGCUAAAGCGUUCAUCCAAGAAAUGGAGAAUAAAGCUGCGUCCUAACUUUAACUGAUAAGAACUGUAAACAUAUAUGUGUUAUCUUAUUGUGUGUUGAGGCCAUACUACUAUGUAUAAUGCUUCCUUUUUUUUUUUAAUUUGUACAUUGUUCGUCAAUAUUGAAUACAAAGAAUCAAAGCAUUUUAAUUCUGUAAA